GACGAUAAUUUCUAAUCUAAUCGAAAACCAAAUGACAUAAGCGGUUCGAAUACGUCAAAGCGAUCGGUAAACAGGGAAACGCGGCAACGUCGCCAUUGAAGAAAGCCGAUCUCGCUCCAGUGACAACAACAAUUUUUCGUUUUUUAAUUGUUUGCCCCUAGUCGCUUGCUCUCGGUCGAAGCAGACUUUGCACGCGUAGAACGCGGACCCGGCCCGGUAAAACAACCCGACAAGAACGAAGGUGAAUCCACGCAGAGACAGAGAAAAGAGAUCGGGCAACAAACAGGUUCGGUGCGUUUCGUGGAAUGAAGCUGAAACGGGGCGGGCGGGGGGGCGGUGAUUCCUACCGCGAGAGAGACGGAGUGACUCAGUGUGUCGCGAGCGCGAAACAGAGACAAUCGUACGCAGUAAACAUGGCGCCGUGUGACCCAUCAUCAUAUUAUCGUAUUUAGUUUACGUACGGGUCGUAUUGUGUGCGGUAUUGUUUCGAGAAUUAUUGUAAUCGAAUUGUCGAGAUAAGUGCGUGAAUCGCGCGGCGAUAAUGCGGUCGUCGUUGUCCUCAUCGAAUGAUUGAAUUCGCGCAAAGUACCAGUCGGCACGUUGCUGCGACCCCAAGUGCCAAACAAAUUGUUUCGGGUGAUGUAAACACGGUGGUGUGUGUUCUCUAGACGUCGGGGCCAGAGAGGCAAUAAGAUCGAUUCAGCGAUGGAAAGUAACUUCGACAUCUACCUGCAUAAGAAGUUCAAGAAACAGCUGAGCGUCGAACCAAAACCGUCCUCGCACCACGGCCACCACGUCUACCACCGUCAAAAUGGAAAAGAGAACUAUCGAGGCGAGGGAGAAAAAGAAGUCAUUCCUCCCGUCGCGGACCAAAACGUCAACGACAAUAAUCGACCAUCGUCUGUCGUGCCAAAUCAAACAAGUACAAACGUGCCCGUCGUUAUCAGUGUUCCUCCCAGCAAGUCUUCCAUAUCACUACCGGCGACCACCACCCAUACCACCACCACGCAGUGCAUAUCAUACGUAGUUUCGAACGCCCAUAGUUUUGAUACGAACACUUUUAGAACGAAACCGCCCAACGACCAGGGGGUGGACCGGGGUUCGCCGCCACCGGGCGAUGAAUGCUGCCCCAAAGGGGGCCAGGAUAAGGGCAAGUAUGUGUGCACCUACUGCAACCUGGUGUGCUCCAAACCUAGCGUGCUACAGAAGCACAUAAGGGCACAUACUAAUGAAAGACCUUAUCCCUGCACCAGCUGCGGGUUUAGCUUUAAGACCCGUUCGAACCUGUACAAACAUUGUCGGUCUCGCACCCACGCGAACCGUGUGCUAGGGAACAAGUCUCAAGAGCUCGAAGCUGAACAGACUAACGAUUCCGUCGACUCUAGGGACGAAACAUCUGAAUCGACUUCGCAAGAUGCGACCAAGCCGUACAAGCCGCGAUUUCACACGGUCAGUGUCACCGUCGAGGAAGACAGGGCCGCGCCUCACGUCGCUCCAGACUUGUCGCACCACAUCAACGAAAUUAUCAACAAAAAUAAUUCCAUCGUAAACUCGGGCGACUCCACUUUGCUGAAAAGGCGUCCGAGUGACGUUUCGGCGGACGGUGUCAACAACAACAACGAUUACGGCCACCUCAAGGGUUACAGGGUAGAAAGCGUUUCACCCGUGGGCGACGAACCCCUGAACUUAUCCAACAAAAACAGGAAACGUUCCUUGAGCGAGGUAACCGAACCCGGCACUCAAAGGAGUCUCAUCAAGGAACUGCUGCUGAAGAACUUGUACUCGGAUAUGCAGUGCCUUUUCUGUAAGAUGAUCUUCCAGACCGUCACCGAACUAGAGUUACACAAGCUGCGCAGCUGCAAGGGGAAGCCGUCCGAGAUCAAGUAUACUAGGAGUAGCUCCGUGAACGUGGCCUCGAUCCUCACCAAAAAUAAAAACGCGUUCGACAGCAUACCUCAGCUGCAAAACUCCGCAUUCCCCCUCCAGUCUCCCGGUCCGUUUCUCGGUAGAACGCGCCUAGUCGAAAGCGACAAGUCCAAAUCGUUUUCCUUCGACGCGGGCAAAUUGCCCCUUGCCUCUUCCGGUGAAAUUCCCAUGUCGGGAUUCUCACUAUCCCCGCUCCCGUUCGAGAAAGAGAAAAAACCGCCCGUGAAACUAUUCGGCGGCGAGGUUAAGAUACACAGCGGCCCGGGCGAAACCAAGAGUUUCCGCAUAGACUGCAAGGAGCACGACCCGGAACCUAACUACGUCGAAUUUGGCACCAAAGUGAGCGAGAACCGAGUGGUAAAAUCGAGCUUGCAGGCGGGCGGCACCGUUCUCACUAACAAGGCAGGUUACGGUAAGGAGGACGCCCGCCCACCUCAGGACGUCAUAAGGGUGUACGAGAACAACGCGUUGUCACCCAAAAUCGAUAUGGUCGGUUUGGCGAAGACCAAUUUUAACUUUGAGCGGUACGCGGACGAGAGGGAACCCGCUCCCGCAUACAAAAACAUUAUGGACUUUAGUCAGAACGCUGUCAAACUGCUAACGCCCAACAUAAAACAGCCAUCGAUACCAUCCGGACAGGUUCAAGCGGCUUUCUCUUUCACUGCGCCUUCACCGACGUUCGUUCGUAAAAAAGUGAUCGCACAACCAUCCGGAAGCAACUUCUACGGCCCAAUGAACCUCUUGGUCGACGGCAAGGUGGUCAGAUACGUUCCCGGUAUACCUGGACCGGUCGCGGCGGAUCCGCCUGUGGAUUCCGGUUAUAUCGGGGUCGUGGCGUCCCCACCGAAGGGAUAUUCGCAGCCCGAAGAUCGGACCGACCCCCAAACGGCGAAGUCGGUUGAAUCGAAGCCGAUAUCGCCUCCGAAAGACCCGGGGGAGCCGAAGAAAUUCGCCAGGCCAAAUAGUUUGGCCCUGAAGCCGACCACUGCCUCGCUAAAGCAGCAUCACGGGCUUACUCCCACCAUGUUCAACCAGAUCCUGAUCAGUCCGGACACUCCGCGGGUACAGAAAAAGUACGCGCAGCACUUUUUGCACGGCAAUUACUUCAGCUACCUAGGGCUGAAGAGUUCAACGCGACUGGUGUACUGCACCCUAAACAAAACACAGCCGUUCUACGUUCCUCAUUUUAAGAAACUGAGCAUGUACUCGGAGUGGCGUCAGCAGGACAAUAAGACGGACAAGUUGUACGUGGGCGCAUACGACUCGAGGCAGCGAAAUCAACGGUACGUUACGGCGGGGAAGGCCAUUGCUGAUUUGAUUGUUCACUCGAGUUAUAAGUUUGCCCUCUCCGAAGUGCCGUUGAACAAAGGAAAGGAUGAAGACACUCUUAAGCCCAAUUUGAUUGGUGGGUUCGAAUGCAACGACGACUAUCCCUAUAUAAGAGGUAGAGGUCGAGGGCGGUACGUGUGCGAACAGUGCGGGAUACGUUGCAAAAAACCGUCGAUGCUGAAAAAGCACAUCAGGACCCAUUCCAAUGACAGGCCUUAUACUUGCAGUCAGUGCAAUUUCAGUUUCAAAACGAAAGGCAACCUUACCAAACACAUGAAGAGCAAAGCGCAUACGAAAAACACCUGCGUCGGAGGCGGUUCCGGAUCAUCUACACAGCUAAGCGGCACCCAGAGUUCGGAAUCGGACACCGAAGACAGCGGAAUGGACAGCAGCGACGAAUCGACCCGACAACAAGAGCACGAGGCGGCCUACGGCCUCCUUUCCCUCUCGCAAAAGUCCUCGUCGGGAUCGCCGCCCCGAUUCGCCGACACCCGCCGCAGCCCGUCCGGCGACAUGUUCAUGACCACCGAGGAGAUUGCUCACGUACAAAAGACAAAUUACGCGAAAAAUAAAUUCCUCGACAAUCCCAAUCCGUCGGCGUUCAACCCGCCGCAGGCUCCGGAGAUAGUCGGCGGCGCGAUUCAACCGGAAGAUCGCAAACUGAUCACUUAUUUGGGCAAGACGAGCACCACUAGGCCUCUGACUUACCCGUACGCUUCGAUCUCAUCGGUCCCGAUGGCAGAAAGGUCGCCCAUCGACGAUCACGACGCCACCGGUACCGAAAUUAUAGCGGAACCGCCCAAAAACAUAAGACAGUUCCACGUGGUGCAAAAGUACCUGCCUCAAAAGACUGAAGUUGGGAGGGGGACGGAGUUGCCACCAAACGUUGUUCCUACCCUGAAGGUAAACGACGUGGUCGUCGAAGUGAACGUGGCCGAUCGGAAAAGGAAGUUACUGUUAGCGGAGCCCGAGUAUAAACUGAAACAGCAAAAGAACGACGAGGUCAUGGAUCUGUCCACCAAUCAUGAGAAACCGGCCAAGCCGAACGGAUUUUUGCGGGAUCACCAUCCUUGUGAGUUAAAUCGAAGGAGCGACGAGAUCCCAGUGCUGCUGUUGAAGCCCAUCCGUCCGGACGAGCGAGUAUACGCUGGGCCGGACCAUGAAAUGCACAACAACAAUUACAGGCAGUACGACAACAGCGCUAUGGAAACCUUGGCCGACGUGGCUACCAAGCAAGUUAAGCUGGAGAAAAACACUAUGGCAAGGAGCGUCGCGUCCGAGUACUUGAAGCUGGCUACUAAGAACGACCAGGGAAGCGGGGACGUGGUCAGGGACGUUGCCGUAUUCGGACCCAUCAACAAAGACGUUAACGAGUUGAUCGUGAAACCGGAGGGCAACAAGAGUUGUCACAUCUGCGCUAAAACUUUUAAUAGACCGUCCCAAUUGAGGCUUCAUAUGAACAUUCAUUACUUGGAAAGGCCGUUCAGGUGCGAUUCAUGCUCCGUAAGUUUCCGCACAAAAGGCCACCUACAAAAACAUGAACGGAGCGCUAGUCAUUACAGUAAGUUGUCAUCAUCUCCGGCUCAGUCAUCUUCUGAACCACGUCCGUUCAAGUGCAACGAUUGCAACAUUGCGUUCCGGAUACACGGUCACCUAGCUAAACACCUACGCUCCAAGAUGCACAUUAUGAAGCUAGAGUGCUUGGCUAAAAUACCUUUUGGCCUCUAUGCCGAGCUGGAGAGGUCUAAUAGUUUAUUGACCGAGAUUAAUACGAGCGACGGAGACCAAUGUUUAGAGAGCUUGAAGACUUUAGCCCAGAAAGUGUUCAUGAACGACCCUGGAAAGUUACAGUCGAUCACCCAUAGGCUGGACAUAACAACGGACGUCGACACCGAUAGCUAACCAUAGGUAUCCUCAUAUUGCCCCGCUCCUUUCCCCUCGCGCCCAAUUUAAGACUGACCAAACAGAUUCUAUCGUAGGAUUUAUAUACCUUUGAUACAUAUAUAAUAUUUUUGUUAAAUGUGCCGUACCCCAAAAAAUAUUAUAUCGAUGGAGAGAGAGAGACGGAGAGUAGUGCAAUUUUACAUAUUUAGCAAAUUCCCUGGACUAAAGUCGAGAGAGCCAUAUAUAUUCGUUUGAACUCGUCCUAGACUCAAGAAAUUUUGGGUUAGAAAUUUGUUUCUCUACGUGGCCACGGUUGGUAAAUGAACGACGAACAGGUUAACUGUUUCCUGUAAAAAUGUUCGACAAGGGCCACAAUGAAACGCUUACCGGCACUGGUAAAUAUUGCGUAAUUUGGGAUCUGCCCUGUUCACAUCGGCCUUCUAAAAGGGCACACACUCAUUUAACAGUAAUUAUAAUUAUUAACAAUAUUUUAUAAUUACUCGGUGAUAUUUCAACAGCAGUCGCCUGGGAAAUAAAAUUUUAUAAGAAAGAAAUUUUAUAAGAAAUGCUGAGGAGAGUUUCACAGGCCACUGAACAUAAUAUAUCAAAGAAUAUAGGUAACUGAUUUUUGUGUCAAAUAUGUUAUUGUGAUAUACCUUAUUUUAGAUCGUAUAUAUAUGUACAUAAAAUAACAAGAAAAGUUUAUUUUACUUGAUGUAGAUUUUUAAGUGACCUGUUUUUAUUAGAUGAGUCCUAUUUUACGAAUCCCACUAUCGUCGAUGUGUAUAUUUUUUAACAAGUUAUUUUGGUUAACGUUUAGGCGGGAUGGAACGUUCCGGAUAUCAAAUCUUAAGUGCUAUAUUAAUUAUAUACCGUAUGGAUGUUGAAACCAGGUUUCAGUUUUCGGGAGAUUUUAUCCGUGCCUGUUUUCUAGGCACAUUACGUUUAUUAGCCUAUUUGUUUUCAAAGUUAUGAACUUUAACCGAGGUAAGGUUUAUGUUUAAGCAAGGCUACAUGUUUUUCGUUUUAAUUGUAAAUAUGUUAGGUUAUAUAGGUAUCUGUAUUGAUGAUUGUUAAUUUCGUUUAUUAUUGUUAAAAACAGCACGACGUUUGUUGAA